CUACCUUCACUUUUUCCUGCGUCAUCGAGGGGGGGAGUACCGAGUGCAUGUGUGUAGUUGGGAGACGAAGAGAGCGCGAGAUUGAUCUUGUUCUCUUGGAGGCCGUGGCGUCUUGCAGUUAUUAUCAGGCGUGUAGAUUUCCUCUUAACGUCUUGGCUUAAGGGUUGAAAAUCUACAUCAUUAGAUUAGUGAAUAGAAAGGUUUUGAAGUUCGGAGCUCAGGGGAGUCGAGCAGUCAGGAAACGAAACAUGCAGCCUGCUUCUGCGAAAUGGUAUGAUCGUAGGGACUUUGUGUUCGUUGAAUUCUGUGUAGAAGACAGUAAAGACGUCAAGAUAGAUUUUGAAAAUUCCAGACUUGUAUUCAGCUGUCAUGGUGGAACAGAUAAUUCGAAAUAUAGUAAUGAAGUCAAACUUUUUCAAUCAAUUGAGCCAAAUGAGUCAAGGCACAAAAGAACAGACAGAUCAGUUCUAUGUUGUUUACGGAAAGGAGAAUCUGGACACUCAUGGCCCAGGUUAACAAAAGAAAAAGAAAAAUUGAACUGGCUCAGUGUAGACUUCAAUAACUGGAAGGACUGGGAAGAUGAUUCUGAUGAGGAAACCUCCAAUUUUGAUCGAUUUUCAGAGAUGAUGAACAACAUGGGUGGGGAAGAUGAUCUGCCAGAAGUAGAUGGAGCUGAUGAUGAGGAUUCACCAGACAGUGAUGAUGACAAAAUGCCAGAUCUGGAAUGAAGAUUGUUGAUCAAUAGGGAUUUGAUAGGGAAUGGGCGAAAAGAGAUGCUUCGUGACAAAACUGUUAAUUAAGAUUUUUGAGUUCAUAGCUGUAAAAGCAUUUUUCGGGGUUUGCAUCUUUAAGCUAUUUUUGACAUACAUAAAAUAAAGGCUUUGCCGGAGGGCUGAUGUGUACCAUAAUGCUCUUUAGUUUUCUCACAUUUUUCGUAAUGGAGUGUUACUCAGACUUCCAGUAGGCUGUCUUGAGUUUUGAGGAUACCUUGAUUUGUUGUACUAAACAUUGGUGGCCAUUUUCCCUAUACUUGUAUGUAGUUCUUAUUCUGACACCUGAGCUGAUUGAAGUAUUUCAUAAUUGGAGAGGUGUGCAGUUUGGACUGUGUUUAGAGAAUGGCAUGCUUAAGUCUUAAGGCUUAUAAUGGAAUUUGACAUCCGAGUUGGGUUAUCAACUUAAUGCAGUGUAAACAGUGAAGCCUUUCCCAUCUGUACAUAAAGAACUUAACAGCAAAACCUGAAGUAAAGGGCUAGUAAUUGGCUGCAGGAGUCUGCAUACUGGGGAAGGAAGUAUUUUUUAAUUGCAUUUUGGCUGGGAAAUGUUUUAAAUGUUUGCUGCCAAGUUGGGUACAGUUCAGUUGUCUUCUAGCCCUUGCCUCAUAUCCAAAACUAGUAUGGUACAACAGUAAGUCCCAUCUCUUUGUUGUUUGUGGGUCUUGUGCAGGAGAGAGGGCUUUUGUAUUUAAAUGGCUCAAUAUUUUAAGGGGUUAUCAGUGGACAAAGCACCAUGUAGAUGGGAGAGGUUUUGCAUGGAUACCUAUGAGAGAUUCAGGCAAGCUUAUUUUAGUGAAUUGGUUAACUGGUUGGUAACCAAUUCUUUAUUGUAUAAAUUGGUCUGAAAGGCCCAGCUUAACACAAUACCAGAUCCUGUUGGUCAUUGAUCAUUAUUGUAAGGUGAGUAUGUGUUUUAACCGGUGUACUUACUUUGCUGUUCAGUGAUUCAGAUUUAUCUUUACAGCCCUUUAUGAAACAAGUGGAGCCUUUAUUGUGAUAUUCUUACUUUUUAUGCAUUCAAAUUUGUUAACUAAGAAGAAGAAAAACAGCUGUGCAUUGUUGCUUUGCAGUUUUUUCUCUAUCCACUUAGGUGACCAAAUUGUAUUUGCACUGUCAAAAAACAAAGCUGAAUACAGACAUGAGAAAUGUUACAUGCUGUGGUCCAGGAUGUACACUGAAUGACUGUCAGACUGAAACACAUGAAUUCAUACUGAAAGAAAUCAAUUUUUUAAGUGUUUGCGUUGUUUUACUAAUAAAGUUAAGGAAUCCAUCA